AUGGAAGUCAACAAAAUGCGAGACUUGGAUUCGAAGAAGGAAAAACUAUGGUCAGGGCAUUGUCGUGUUUCUAGGUUAUGGCUGGGAGUGAAUGUCACGACGGACAAAGUACUCCAUUUGGACUUGAUCCUUCUGGAUUCAAAGGGCAAUGACAUAUGGGUUCUUAUUCCUCCGGUGCUGCAAAAUAAGUUCAAGCAACUGCUGAAGCAACACAAUGUUUACAUAAUCAAGGACUUUGAUAUCAAGGCAACCGGGUUGACACACCAGACGAUUGCCAACCCAUAUGUAAUGUCCUUUACUCGGAAGACGACUGUUCAACACAUCCCUGACAUCCCCUCUAUUCCUACUUUCAAGUUCACUUUCAUGAAAGCAAGUGAUAUGGCAUCUAAGAAAGAGGAAACAGUCAUCCUCUCAGAUGUGGUUGGUGAAUUAGUUCAACAUUCAAACGUCAUCAAAACAAGCAAUAUUACCUGGAGGACCAUUCGAAAGGAGCUGCAAAUGAAGCUAAUUGAGGGAGAUGUUGUCAAAGUAACCAUCCAGGGAAGAGUUAUUGAACAGUUAGAUAAGAUAGUUAAUGAUGCUGGAGAGAGACAGAUUAUACUGGUUGUAACUGCUGUUACGGUGAAUGAAUUCAAAGAGGUACUAUCAUAUUCUUCUUCUGGGUCCACAGUUCUGUAUGAUACUCCAGAUAUUCCUGCAGUAACUACUUUUACCACUAGGAAUGUGGAACCAGAACUCCCCAUCUUUGUAGAACAUGAUGCAGAUGAUAAGUUUCCUGCUGUUUCCCUUGCGGAACUUCAGGAAUUGCCGAUGGACCCAGAUAAUGAGGAAAUGGACUUUUCUGUUGAGUGCAAAGUCAUCGGAAUCAAGGCUGGAUGGUGUUAUAUGGGCUGCCCUAGCUGUGUCUAUAAGCCGAUAGAAAGGCAGGGCCAAUCUUUUUGUGUAAGAUGUAACAAGAAUACACCAGUCAAGGCUGCCAGGUACCGUGUGAAGCUUGAGGUGCAAAGCGAGUCUAACUCAACAACCUUUAUCGUCUUUGACUAUGAAGCGCACCAAUUCUUUGGAAUCAGUGCUCAUGAACUUUUCGACAAGACUGGACAAAACAGUACUUCACCUUCUGAAAAACUCCUCGAGAUAGUGGGUACCACAAAGGAAUUCCACGUCAAAUUCAAGUUCAACCCGUACGAAGACGGGCAAGCUGAUUUCACUGUGCUCAGAAUAUUGGAUGACACUGCACAGGAGAAAGAUUUGCCCCUGCACAAGGAUGGAUCCUCUUCAUCUAUUACCACUGGUAGCGAGUCAUCCCAACCUUCACCUUAUGCAAACCAAAUUGCCAACCUUGAAGAGUCUGAUGGAUCAGUCAAAGGUCCUGAAACUUCUAGAAACAAGCUGAAGAGAAAGAUGCCAUUGGAGUGA